AUGGCUAACACCGUUUGUUGUCUCACGUUAAUUUUGUUCAUCGCUUCUCUAGCAAGUGGCGUUUCAGCCGCUGCUCCCGCCGGAAGAAUGAUAUUCGACGUCCGAAGCUACGGUGCUCGUGGUGACGGCAAAACAGAUAACGCCAAUGCGUUUACAAGGGCGUGGAAAGAUGCGUGCCAAUGGAAAGGAAGCGCUAGAGUGUUCGUACCACUGGGAACGUUCUACCUCGGUGGUGUAACAUUCGUGGGACCAUGCCAAAAUCGCAUUAGUUUCAUCAUCAAAGGAACUUUGUUAGCACCUAAAGAUGCUAACGCCAUCAAACAAGACACGUGGAUUAUUUUCAGGUACGUAGACUAUCUCACGGUCUCAGGCGGAGGCACUCUUGACGGCCAAGGAACCAGCGCGUGGCGACUCAACGACUGCACCAGAAACCCUAACUGCCGCCCUCUACCGAUGAACAUUGCUUUCCAGUUCGUGAGAUUCUCGAGAAUCAGCCGCAUCAAAUCUAUCAACAGCAAAAUGGGUCACCUCAACUUCUUCGCAGUGGAAUAUUUUGAGAUUACACGUGUCAGUAUUAGGGCUCCUGCAGAUAGCCCUAACACUGACGGGAUCAAGAUUGGUUCGUCGCACCACAUGAAGAUUCACGACGUCUUCAUUGGAACCGGAGACGACUGUAUCGCGAUCUUGUCAGGAACCACUAAUUUGGAUGUAUUUAGUGUCAAGUGCGGACCGGGUCAUGGGAUCAGCGUUGGAAGCCUUGGGAGGUUUAAAGAUGAGAAGAGCGUUUAUGGAAUAUCAGUUAGGGACUCGGUCUUUACCGGUACGAGUAAUGGAGUACGUAUCAAGACAUGGGCUCCUUCGGCGUCACGGAACAUUGUUUCGAAUUUUACUUUCCAGAAUCUCCAGAUGAUCAAUGUCGGAAGCCCAAUCAUCAUAGAUCAACAGUACUGUCCUAACAACCAGUGUACCAAAAAUUCCCAUUCUCAGGUUCAGAUAGAAAACGUGAAGUUCAAUAACAUUUGGGGGACUUCGACGGACAAAGUGGCCGUGAAGUUGCAAUGUAGCCAGACGGCUCCUUGCAAAGACGUUGAGCUAGCCGGAAUUAACUUGGUGCACCGUGGAGUUGACGGUCCAGCCACCGCUUUGUGUGAGAAUGUUUCUGGUCGGACUCGUGGCAAGAUUUCACCUCCUUCUUGCAUUUGA